AUGCAAGACUACAUAGACAUAAGGACAUCAGGCAAUACCCAGUGGUGUUUUGGAGAAACUUUAAAAUUGUACGAAUUGAGAACUUGCAAAUCAAGUCUAUUCGGUGGAAGACUCUCUCUCUCUUUCCCUGCACGAGGAUUUCAUCCCGACCAGAAGGUCGUCGUCGUCAAACCAGACCCGGUGCAAAGCAAAGACAAUUCGUCGGGCGAGUUGAUUUGUGCUCUCCUUCCUUCGCUCCUCGCCACCGUCUCAUCCUUUGAAGCUUCGUAUCUCCAGUUCCAGGUGGCGCACGUGCCGGAGAUUAACCAGAAUGCCCUCGAAGCGGCGGACAUGUCGAUAGUCUUGAUUCUCGGGAAAUUAGCCAAGAUAAAGAGCUUGUACAAGGACUCGAAGAAGAGAUCUGUCUCGGAAGGUGGUUUUGAUUUUCCGGCGGUGUCAUUUCUAGAAUUUUGGGUGCAGGAGAAUAAGAGCACGCUUAGGGUUCUGGAGACGCUGGUGAACUUGUUGCAGUCGCAAAUGGGCGCCAAGGACGACGAGUCGAGUGGUUUGAGGAAGAAAUUGGAUAAAAUUAGGUUUGCAAUGUCGAUUUAUCCCGAAAUUGGGGGUGAAAAGGGGAAAUGCCGGUUUUGA